UCCCACAGAUUAGAUUCCAGAUUACUCAUUACUGUUCCUUCUCUCUCUCUCCUCUCUCUUUUCCAUGUCUCUCUGGCUUUGUGGUAUCCGAUUGCCUUUUCUUCUUUUCUGGGUCACCGAAAGAAAAGAGAAAUUGAAGUAACUGAGAGUCGGAGAAGAAGAAUCACGGAGAUAGAGAGAGAGAUGUUGAAAACGCCACUGAAUCUAAGCUCACAAGCAAUGGGUUUCUUUCCCGUUUUUGGGCACAGCUUCAUCGUGCGGUUUCGCCUUUGAUCUCACUCGUUUCGCUCUCUCAGUUUCUUGCACGUAAUUCUUCAGGUGGGCCAUAUUCACUCUGAUGCAAGGGCAAGAGAGCGGCAUUGAUUCGUUUUGCGAAGCUAUUGACAAUAUCGGGCAGGGAUCUGAUUCAGGUAGUGCUGACAUGAAUCACCAGAGUCCUUUUAAUAGCAUGAUACCUCCUGUUGAAAGCCGGUGGUCGAGCUAUGCAUCUUCGGGCGAGACAUGUGUAAAUGCUGGUACUAGUGAACCUAGUGGAUCAGCUCCUAGAAACCAAGCCAAUGAUGAAGGGGCUAAAAUAGAACAUGGGAGGCCGUCUCCAUACGGUUCUCAUCACGCAGUUGGUUCGGUGACAGAAGAAAUGCUUUUUCCUGGGAGAGCUAUAAUUAGUCUUGGUGGCAAUCAGGUAAACGGGCCUUCCUUUUCGCAAGGUUCUAGUUCGAAUCAUAUGCGUCAACAUGUGAAUUUGAACGCAGGAUACGUUGGUAGUAGUAGUAAUGGUGAACAAGGUAUUGGAGCUAGUUUAGGCCCAAAUCUUUACUUGUCAAGCAGAUUGGAAACUGAAACAUCUACCGCUACUUCAUCUGAUAUUAUCGGGACUUCAGCCGGAAGCUCAGGCUGUAUAGCGGGGGAAGCCGAUGGUAGCGCUGGUUCACUUGGUAAUUGGGGUUUAUCCUGCAAGAGAAAGGCUCUUGAAGGUACUUCUGGUCAGUCCUGUUCCGGUGGAAGUUCUAGCUCUUAUCUGCAACCUGAAAAUUGCUUGUGGCAUAAUGGACCUGCUCGUUAUAAUCCUUCUAGCAGUUUACGUUUAUCGGCCCCGAGUGGUAGUUCUCAAGAACAACAGAUCCCAAGAACUGGUAUCCCUGCUGGAACAGUAGCUACCGAUGCCUUUCCUUCUUCAAGUGCUACAGAGAGUGGAGAAAGUCCUCUAAGACAAGUUGGCAGUGAGACUAAUUCUGGGUCUCACCACGAGUCUAUACCAUUCAAUCUAGCAUCAGCAGGUACUCGGAGACCUGCCCCAUUUGGUGAUCCUUCAGGCUUGAGAUCGACAGCAGCAGUGGGAGCCAAUUCAGGUGCUCCCCAAAGCCAGUCUCAUAAUUUGCAUGUUCCCGGUUUCUCAGGCAACUUGCAUAAUUUUCCUUGGAAUGGGGCUUCGAAUUCAAGAGGGGGAACCAUGACAAGUUCUUUCUCAUUCGGAGAAAGGGCUACGGACAUACGAGAAGAAGCAAGCUUAAGAAGCAUACCAAGAACCAAUGUGGACCAUCCCAUGUUUGUACCUGCUAAUGAGAUGAGAAAUACGGCACAUGAUCCAACAAGUUCGAGUUUGGCCUCUGGAAACUUGAGCACUUCUCUAGGUAUUCCUGCCUCUACAAGGAUUGCCUCCACGUCCAGUAAUCCUCCUUUACCCGCCCCUGCGUGGAUCCCUCACCACAAUUCACCAUCACAAAGCCGUCAAAGAACACUGGAAUUUGCACCAUGGUCUUUGUUUCCAUCCAUUGAUUCUCAACCUGUUGGCCACAGUGGUCAUUCGGACCCAUUACCGCCUGGACCUUCUUCGACACGGGAUACCAUAAUGUCAUCUGGACGUAAUAACCAGAACCGUCAACAACCAUAUCUUAGGUCAUCAUUCUUCACAGAUAGACAAGGUGAAGAUGCUCUUAGUAUAUCCAAUUCAUUGCGGGUUUUAUCUGCUGACAUUGAAGGAAGACGUCGAUUAAUAUCUGAGAUUCGUCAAGUCUUGCAUGCCAUGCGUAGGGGUGAGAACUUACAAAUCGAGGAUUACAUGCUCUUUGACCCAUUCAUGUACCAUGGUAUGGCAGAAAUGCACGACAGGCACAGAGAUAUGCGCCUGGAUGUUGAUAACAUGUCUUAUGAGGAACUUUUGGCUCUGGAGGAACGCAUAGGAGAUGUUAGCACGGGACUGAGCGAGGCGACAAUAUUGAAACUAAUGAAACAGCAAAAAUAUGAAUCUAUAGCAGUAGAAUCCCCACCAGAUACAGAACCGUGUUGCAUAUGCCAGGAAGAAUUUGCUGAUGGGGAUGAUGUCGGAGCACUAGACUGCGGACAUGACUUCCAUACCGACUGCGUCAAACAAUGGCUAAUGCAGAAGAACCUAUGCCCUAUCUGUAAAACCACAGGCUUGCUGACAUGAAAGAGAACGCCUUCCUUGUCCAAGCCCUUUAAAUUAUAGUAUUUGUGCUGUUGUAUCACUAGAACCACCCAUUGGUCCCCCAAAAAAAAAAAAAAAAAUUAUGCAACUUAAAUCACUUGAACCUUGUUGUCGGCACACAAAAAAAUGCAUGGUUUUAUGAAAAAGAUGGGGGGAGAGAGAGGGAGCGAAACGGAAGAACAUAUUUGCUUCAUGGAUCAUAGAAGGAUUUGUUUAUAUGUUAGCAAUGGAUAAUUUUAAAUCAUCACAACAACAGUAAUACAUUGGAUAAAAAUUUAUAGUUUCUUGAGCUUCAUUGUGACUGAUGGAAUGAUAUUGUUUGGUUGUAUUUCUUA